GGCACCAGCACCGUCCCCGCAGUGCCCCUUGCACCCCCGCGCCCGAUGUGUCCGGGCCUCAGCCGGCUCCCCGGGGCUGCAGUCACGCGUAGCCGAGGCCGGGCGGCCGGGGCCGUGCCGCUGUGCGGUCAGGUCCCGUGUCAGUGUGCGGGGGUGGUGCCAUGUCCGUGUUCGGGGCCGCUGCCGGUGCCGUGCUGGUGCUCUGUCGGUCCCGGCUCGCUGUGCGGGGCCGCUGCCGGUGCCGGUGCAGUGUAGGUCCUCUGCCGGUGCCGUGCCGCUGUGCGGGUCCCGGGGCCGUGUGGCAGUGCGGGGCUGGUCCCAUGUCUGUGCUCGGGUCCGGGCCCGGUGCCCUGCAGGUCCUCUCUCGGUGCCGUGUCGCUGUGCAGGGCCGGUCCCUGUACCGGUCCCGGAGCUGUGUGGCUGUGCUGUUCCUGUGUCCGGGCCCGGUGCCGUGCUGGUCCUCUGUCAGUCCGUGUCGCUGUGCGGGGCCUGUGCCGGUCCCGGUGCCGUGUGCCUGUGCUAUUCCCGUGUCCAUGUACAGGGACAGUGCCAUGGACGUGUUCGGGGCCGGUCCCGGUGCCAUGUGGCUGUGUCACUCCCGUGUCCGUGUUCGUUCCCGGUGCCGUGUGUCGGUCCCGGUGCCGUGUGGCUGUACCGGUGCCGUGCCGGUCCCGGUGCCAUUCCCGUGUCGGUCCCGGGGCCGUGUGGCUGUGCCGGUGCCGUUCCCGUGUCCGUGUCGGUCCCGGUGCCGUGUGGCUGUGUCAUUCCCGUGUCCGUGUCGGUCCCGGUGCCGUGUGCCGGUGCCGUUCCCGUGUCCGUGUCGGUCCCGGUGCCGUGUGGCUGUGCCGGUGCCUUUCCCGUGUCCGUGUCGGUGCCGGUGCCGUGUGCCGGUGCCGUUCCCGUGUCCGUGUCGGUGCCGGUGCCGUGUGCCGGUGCCGUUCCCGUGUCACGGAGCCCAGCCGGGCGCUGUGCGUGUUUCCGCAGGGCUCCGCCGCCGCCGGGCCAUGGCCGCCGCCCGCGGGGCUCCGUGCCCCGCCGGGCUCUGCCCGCUGCAGUUCGCUCCCUUCAGCAGCGCGCUGGACGCGGGCUUCUGGCACGAGCUGACCCAGAGGAAACUCAACCAGUACCGGCUGGACGAGACGCCCAAGCUCAUCAAGGGCUACUACUACAACGGUGAUCCUUUGGGUUUGCCAGCUCGAUUGACACUGGAGUUCAGUGCCUUUGACAUGAAUGCUUCAAUACCAGCACGUUGCUGUCCUGCUUUUGGAACAUUGUAUAACACCAACACUUUUGAGACUUUCAAAUCCUGUGAUAAGAAAGCACUUCUGGACAAGGAAGCAAAAGAGAUUUGGGAAUCAAUCAAAUCCGGAGCUGCUCUGGAGAACCCAAUGCUCUUGAACAGGUUCCUGCUGUUGACAUUUGCAGAUUUAAAAAAGUAUCAUUUCUAUUACUGGUUUUGCUACCCUGCUCUCUGCUUCCCUGAUGGAAUUCAGAUAACUCAGAAACCUGUCUGCCUUGGGGACAGGUUCUCACUAAAUCAGAUUCAAGCCCUGCAGAAAGCCUACGAUGACCUCUGCCAGGAGGAGGGCGUGACAGCCCUGCCUUAUUUUUUAAUUAAAUAUCAUGAUAAUUCUGUCAUGAUAUCCCUGCUGAAAAAGUGGGAUGGCUUCUUUCAAGACCAAGGAGGAAAGGUGACAGUUGGAGUUUAUGAUCCUUGUAAUUUAUCCCAGUAUCCAGGAUGGCCACUGAGAAACUUCCUGAUCCUGGCAGCCCACAAAUGGGGCAGUGCUCUGCAGAGGGUUGAGGUGCUCUGCUUCAGAGACAGGACCAUGCAAGGGGUGAGAGACAUCACACACAGCAUCAUCUUUGAAAUCAAACUGCCAGAGGCACCCCUGGGCCCAGAUUGUCCAAAAGCUGUUGGAUGGGAGAAAAACCAAAAGGGAGGCAUGGGGCCAAGGAUGGUGAAUCUCAGUGAAUGCAUGGAUCCAAAAAGGUUGGCAGAAUCAUCUGUGGAUCUGAAUUUGAAGUUGAUGUGCUGGAGGUUGGUGCCUACUCUGGAUUUGGAGAAGAUUGUGGCUGCCAAGUGUCUGCUGCUGGGAGCUGGCACCCUGGGCUGUAGUGUUGCAAGGACCUUGAUGGGCUGGGGGGUGAGGAAGAUCACUUUUGUGGACAAUGCAAAGAUCUCCUACUCCAACCCCGUGCGGCAGCCGCUCUACGAGUUCGAGGAUUGCCUGAGUGGGGGCAAGCCCAAGGCUCUGGCAGCAGCAGAGAGGCUGCAGAAAAUCUUCCCAGGAGUGAGCUCUGAAGGUUAUAACAUGAGCAUCCCCAUGCCAGGCCACCCAGUGAAUUUUUCGGAGGUGACGAUGGCCCAGGCUCGGAAGGACGUGGCGCAGCUGGAGGAGCUCAUCGAGGCCCACGACGUGGUGUUCCUGCUGAUGGACACUCGGGAGAGCCGCUGGCUGCCCGCUGUCAUCGCAGCCAGCAAGAGGAAGUUGGUCAUCAACGCUGCCUUGGGAUUUGACACUUUUGUUGUUAUGAGACACGGCCUAAAGAAACCAAAACAGCAAGAAUCUGGUGAUUCACGUUUCAGCAACGCCUCUGCUUCUUCUGAUCUGCUGGGAUCCUCUCUUUUCUCAAAUAUCCCUGGCUACAAACUGGGCUGCUACUUCUGCAAUGAUGUUGUGGCACCAGGGGAUUCCACCAGGGAUCGGACACUGGACCAGCAGUGCACGGUCAGUCGGCCUGGACUGGCCAUGGUGGCUGGAGCCCUGGCAGUGGAGCUGAUGGUUUCUGUCCUGCAGCAUCCAGAAGGUGGUUAUGCUGUGGCCAGCAGCAGUGAUGACAGAAUGAAUGAACCACCCACUUCCCUUGGGCUUGUUCCUCACCAGAUCCGAGGAUUUUUAUCCAGAUUUGAUAAUGUUCUUCCAGUCAGCCUGGCAUUUGAUAAGUGCACAGCCUGUUCAGCCAAGGUCCUUGAGCAGUAUGAACGAGAAGGGUUUAAUUUCCUAGCUAAAGUUUUUAAUUCUUCACAUUCCUUCCUGGAAGAUUUGACAGGUCUGACUUUAUUGCACCAGGAGACACAGGCUGCUGAGAUCUGGGACAUGAGUGAUGAUGAAACAAUUUGAAAUCAGGUGCUGAGGAGGAGGAGGAUGCUCUGGAGUGCAGCCCUGCCUUUUAUCUCUGCUUUGAGGAGUUAAUGAUUGCUUACCCCUCCUGACUGCUGGAAAGACAAACAAACAGAACCCACGUUUUGCCAUGAAUAACUUCCCUGAAAAAGCAGUCUCUUAUGGACAGAACUCACCAUGUUUUCAUUUUUAUUGUGUAAAUAACUGCAGCAAUGUGCUUAUGUUUAAA